GUCUUUAUCUUGUAAAAAACGGUUCAAAUCAAUUAAAUUCAGCGCCACUGAAUGCAUGCGUCAAACUAUAACUAGUACCUAUACAUCACUAGUUUAACACUCAAUUGUUAAUUUGCGCCGAAUUCAAUAGAUUUUAAAGUAAGUUUUAAACGUAUUGUCUUUAACUUGUUAGAGCUUUAUACAUAUUUAGUCAGUUAUAGUUUAGAUUCUAAGUGUAGCGAAGAACAUAUUAGUUUUUUUUUACAAAGAUAUUUUUUUUUCAUGCGAACACUUUUUAUACCAAAAAGUUUACUCUGAUAUAUACGAUGUAGACCCUUUUCUAAAAGAAAACUUUCUUGGGGUAGUACUUUUAGGAGGUCAUUUUUCGAUUUUCUCAGGAGUUUUCUUACUAAAUGUGAAAAACCGAAAAAAAAACUGAGAAAAAUGAUAAAAUGUACGAAAUAUUAUGAUUUUUUUUUCUGUGAAAAACUUUUACCAACAAUUUUACUCCGAUUUACAACGAUAGCAAUUUUUCUCAAAGCAAAUUUGACUGAAAAGAUAGAUUUUAAUAGCAUGACAAUAAAAAAAACCAAAUAAGUUUUACACCCCCCUCUAAUAGCUCUAACAUAAAAUACAAUUUUCGAACACUAUAAAAGUUAUUAACACAAGUUUUUUAAUAAAACUGUAAGUACAUAGUAAAUUGUAAGUAUAAAAAAUAAAAUUACAUAUGUUAGACAAUUGCAUUUAAUGGUUAGAGACGUUAUGGAGGUUGGGAUGGAAAUUUCAAACUCCUUCGGGCUCUCUGUUAUUCUUGUUUUUAAAUUUUUGUUCAGAGGUUUUUAACGUUUUUAAGCUGUUUGUUGUUGAUUUUAAAUGCAUAAAGUCCAUAGCCCUGAUCCUAAUUAAUACUAUUAUUAUAUAUUAUCCGCAAUACACCAACGUUACUUCUUGUCAUCAUCUCCCCUGUUGUCAAUUUAAUUUUUCAAUUUGGACAAUUCGGAAAAUUUGGUAAUAUUCUAGUGUUAUACUAUAUUACAUUAUUAGGUGUAUCUUCGAAGUCUAUAUGAUUAGAUUUUAAUUUAUUUGAUUGGCCACCUGGCAUCUGUGAAUGUAAAGUAUACUCUUCAAAUAAAAAAAAAUAUCCAAAUCCAUAGAUAUUCAGUAUUCACUAGUAGGUAUACAUGAAAAAAAAAUAUAUAUAUAUAUAACUAAGUGUUAAAUACGUAAUUUUUUUUUUUUAAACGCCUAAAAAUUCAUAAUAUCAUGUUUGAAUGAUUUUUGCGAAACUGUAUAGUACAUAGGAACAAUGUUGCAAAGAAACAAAUCAUAACGUUUUGGAAUUUGAUGAUGAAUCAUUAGUUUCCGAGAAGUGAGAAGGUAUAGUCAUUAAUAUCACCUGAUUAGUCCUGAUUAUGUAUCUACAGAGCAAUCACUACCUUUUCAUAUACAUUGAGAUAAUUCAUGAUACAAUUUAUAAAUAUUUUAGCUGAGUAAAGAACUAAAAGUUAUCUAGGGUUUUGAUUUUAGAAAUACCCAGUAUAUAUAAUGUAUUCCAACAUGUUCGAAAGAUUUUUCUAGUACUGUUAACAUUACACUUUUUUCGAUUUUUUUUUUCAAUCGAUUUGACUCCAAGGGGGACAUCGAUUUGGGGAAAAAUUAAAUUUUUAUUUUCAUCUCUUAAAGACAAAAAACAAUUUACAUUUUAUUUAUUCACAAAUUUUCAAAAUAGCCAUUUUGUAAAAAAAUAUUAUUUAAAAAAUUUAAUGUAUCACACAUUCAUAUCCUAUGAAUAAUCUUUUAAUUAUGGUCGUUUUAAUUAGGCGUAAAAACAAUUAAUAUUUAAUAAAAUAACUUAUUAUGCGAUAAGGAAUUACAAUGAGCAUAGUAAUUCGUUACCUUCUAUUGAAUAUUAAUUAUUUUCAUGCCUAUUUUCUAGAAAUUAAAACGACUAUAAUUAAAAAACUAUUAAUCGGAUAUGAAUUUAUGAUAUAUUACAAUUUUUAGAAUAACAUUUUUACAAAAUGGCUAUUUUGAAAAUUUUUUAAAGUGAAUAGUUUUUAUUUUGUUUUAAGGGGAUGAAAAUAAAAAUUUAAUUUUUUUCCAAAUCGAUGUCCCCCUCAAAUCGUAAACAAUUUAAUAUUAAUAGCGCUAGAAAAAUUCGUCGAAAAUGGUGGAACACUCUAUAUAUGGUUGUAUUUAUCAGUUUCAAAUAUUUUCUGCUUUUCUAUUGUUUCACUGUUGACUUUAUCAUAUGUAGUAUUUUUAAUUUUUGACGUAGAAUACUUAUAUUACUUAACAAGAAUACUUAACCAUAUUAACAUAUAUAUGAUUUGUUUUAGAUAUUUCGAAAUAUUUUAAAAUUGUUUAUUAAUAACAUUUGGUGAUAAGUAAUAAGGUGGCAUUCUAGAUCAGUAUGACGUCUGCUGUUAUCUUUCAAAUAUACCUGAUAGCAUACAUUUUCUAAUAUACUUAAUAAAAUCAGUGCUACUAUUAUACUCGUACCUAUGUGUUAGAAAUCCACGAAUUGUGUAAUAUUUAUUACACAAUUUAAAAAAAAUCUCAAAUCUAUGUUCUUAGUCUACCUAAUCAAUUACAAUUUACAGAGUUUUAAUAAAAUUGAUGAAAAUACAGAUUGUACAUCUUAAUGUUAUUAUAAUGUAUUAUACCUAUCUAUAUAAAGAAAUAGUAGCAUAAAAAUGGUAGUUCCAUUUUAGAUUAUACAUUUAGAAUUAUUCGAAUCGAUCGAAUAUUCUUUUUUAAACAAUAUUGAUUUUUAUUGUACAAUCGAUUCUGAGGUUUUUUUUUUUGUUAAAAACUUUUCUACCAGAAAUCUUACCUCCAAUCAAAAAAUGACAAGAUACUUUUUUUCAUUGGAUUUUGGAUCUAGUUGGUGCCAUGGGUUUAAGUUUUAAAUAUUGGGAUUGGUAUAACAAAAUAUGGAUUAGCUCUUCGUAGGAAGUAACUCAGUGGUCUUCUUUCAUUAUUUGGCCAAUGCACCUACCUCGUUCUGAGCCUUCCUCUCGAUCAACCUAAUUUGAGGCCAACCAACAGUUCUAACAUUCCUAUUAUAUUUACUAUUUAUAUCUAAUAUUACUAAUACAUAUUAUUUAUUUAAUUUAAUAAAAAAAAGUUUAAACACCCCAAAGGGGUAAAGAGUUAAUUACACAAGGGUCAAUUACACAAAAGAUUAUACAAUGUAAAUCUAAAUAUCUUUAUGUUAUGUUUGCUUUUCACAAGUAAUUGAUUUUUGGUUUUGCUCUUUUAUUGAAUUUUCGUUUAUAAUUUGCAAUUUGUCAUUGAAAUACAUAUUAUUAUUAUUAUUGAAUAAACCUACAAUCAAUGGAAAUUGUAAACCAUUAGUAAUUCGGACGAUACAGCUUUUUAAUGCUUCUGCGUACUAGUACAAAGUAUACAAGAUCACGCACGUGUAUAAACGGUAUUGUUCCGAUUGGUCGGUGACGCAAACAUAGGCAAAUCGCAGUUCGAAUGUUGAAACUUUCAUAGGUACGAGCACACGUUUUAUUGUCAGGUUAGGUAUAUUAGCAGAUUUAUCUACAUAAUAAUAACAGCCGAUAGGUACGAUUCGUAGGCACCUGCCUAGUGCCUAUAGUAUUAUAGUGUAGUUUUUAAUAGUUGUACAAUUGUCUCCCCACUCUAAACGCGCGCGUGGACAUCGCCGUUGUUCCGGAAUGAUUACCCAUACACGGGCAACGGCCAACGGGUCAAGGGUGACCACCGACCGGGCGGCGGUGUACCAAACAAUCUGCGUUCUGCCACCACGGCGGAACUACGUGUAAUGCCGUGUGUUUGAUAAAUAUUGGCGAUUCACAAAUCGGUCGAUCGUGGCACGCGCCGCUAAUGCUAUUGUUCUAGUAGGCUGUUGCGCGCUCACGGUAACCGCGAUCGGUUGUAUAGACAGAUAUUUUGGUACCGGCGUGGCCUGCAGCAGUGGUUAUGGACGUUCAAUGAUUUAUCAACGAUAUAAUAUUUCGUACGUUUUAUAAAUAGCUGCUGUUAACGUGUGUUAUUUCUGAUUGGCCGACAAGAGUGCAACACAGUAAGGCAUCAAAAAUGAAGUGAGUAAUCGAACGCGCGCCGCGCACACACACACACACACACACACACACGCACACGCACGCACACACACACACGUCGUUGACAAGUCAUACACGAUACGAAAUCGAUACGUUCGGUACCUAUAUAAUACAGUGGCGGUCAAAUGAUUUUGUCAUAGAGGAGGGGGACAACGAUAACUUCUAAAAGCUUAUUUUAUUUACUUAAUUUGUUUUAUGAUUGUAAAGUUACGGAUAAUAUAAUAUAAUAAUAUAGGUACUACUAUAAAUAUUUAAGAAAAAUAAGAUUACAUACCCUAAUCCUCGCUCCUUUUGACCGCUCCUGCUAUAAUAAUACCCACCUAAUAAUAAUAAUACAUAUAUACUAUAAUAUUAUGCAAUGAUAUUUUUCUUCUUGCUUGUAUCAUUAUUCGAAUAACUUUUCUAUAUUUUUCUACCCCGUUGAAACUAUUAGGAUUUGGCACCAAAAAUAGUUUACAAUAACAUACUAUAGACAUCUAAUACCUACCUAUUAUAUACGCGAUAAUAAACGUGGGAAUUUAUUUGAAUUAACAAUUCGGGCAAUUAAAAAUCAUACAAUGAUACGUUGUACCGACCUGCUCGGCACUCGCUUAUGAAAAAAAAAAAAUCAGUCCCAUGUCCUUCGGAGAUAAAUCGAUACGCGUACGAGUUAUUUUCAAGUUUGACACACUUAAAUAUAAACAUUCGCAAUACAUUUUGUUUGCAUAGUUUUACGUGUCGAUCGCGGUCGGCAGCCAACGUUGUAAUCGCGGACGCGGGCUAUUAUAAUUUACACUUAGCAGUGCAUUAUUCCACUAUGAAAACAACAUUAUUAUAACGCAUAUUACUAUCUGUGUUUUAUUAUUAUAAUUACGGUCACGAGGCGGAUAAUCUAAUCGAUGUGCGUUAACAGCAAUUCGCGGUAAUCCAAACAUUUUUUUUUUUUUAUAGUAUUGCUCUAUCCGGUUGAACGACAAUAGUCAAUAAUUAUAAUUAUUAUUGUGGUAUCGACUAAUUAGAAUUAAUGCGAACCCUAUUGAUUCCGUGAAUGAAGUUCUACAUUUUAUCGUGUGUCGUCCGUGGACGAUUACAUAAUCGGCCCGGGUAUGUACCACAGGCGGCCGUAUUAAUUUUGUUAUGUUAGGUUGUCAGGUUGGUGUUCGUAUUGUUAUGUAAACAGAGUGAAACGGAUUCUAAUUUCUAGACGAAUGCGGAAUAAUAUUAAAAUGUACAAACCGAUGAUCACAAUAUCGUUACCAAUUACAAUUGAAUUAAAACACCACAGUUUUGUCCAGAAAUAAGAAAACGGACGGACAUACUUCGCACGAUGGGCGGACCACCGUUAUAGGUGAAAAGUUGGGAAGGUAGGAUAUAGAGGGGAAUUUAAUUUAUAUUUAUAUGCGACGAUUAACCGUCAUUCAUUCCGUUCUAACGAGAAACGAUUCGGAGUGAAGUUCAGUUAAACAUGUUUUCAGAGGCCGUAAUAUUUACGAUUUUCGUCAAAAUUUGAUAUUAAAAUUCUUAUAAAAAAAAAUAAAUAAUAUACCACAUUACACUAAAUUUUUAUUUUUAUCAUAAAGUUUUAUUUGGAUAUAAUGAACCUCCUGUAACAUUUUCAAGCAUCUCUGGUCUAACAAUUGUAUACACCAUCUACUGAGUAUCUACCUACCGAAUAAAAAUUACAAAAAUUGCUCAAAUGUUUUGAACAUGUUACCAUCAUGUCUAUAAAAGGAGAAUAAAAGUUCUUUGUCUAAAUUUCAAAUCUGUGUGAAUAUUUUGAACUGAAUUACAACGAAAUUGAAAAUAAUACAUUUCGUGAAUUUUCCAGUUUUUCCCGUGUUUUUUUUUCCGGUUUCCCAAUUGUCACGAAAGCUGCUUGAAAAAUCAAAAAACCACAUCCCUAAAGUAUCAAGUAGAUGAAGUUUCCUUUCGGAACAACACAGUGCUACACUUGGUACAUCGGAAUGAGAUUGCCGGUAGAAAAGUUGUUCACAAAUAAAAAAAAUAACAAUAAACAUAAUAUCAUUAUUGUAAAACCGAUAUGUACGUUUCUCGCUGCAAUCCGAAUCUAAAAAUCGUAUACCUAAUAAUGGCUAAUAUAUUACGUUUACAAGUGAAGUCAUACCGCAUUGUCAGUGCGAUAUGAUAUUAUACAAAAUAGUGACAUGAUUCAAAACGGGCACGUGAUUUUUGAUAAAUUAUGUAUUUUUGUACUUUACGACACCAUCAUCGCGGAAUUAAUUAUCGCCGUUCCAUUAGCGAAAAAUAUUGGUGUUACACUGGAAACCGGUAAUAUUUUUUUGGUACUUAAAUAAGGCUCAAUCGGCUUGAAAAAUUAAAAUCGUUAAGACGUGUCCGCCAUAUUAUUGCGCCGCGAAUACCGGCCGUUACGCACAUACGUAUGCAGAAACAAACAGGAAGGCCGUUGACUUUGGACGAAUUCAAUUUUAUACCUUUUUAAGACUAAUAAUGAGAGCUAUAUCGUAAAGCGAUGGUUUUCGCUCUACGCAUGAUGAAUUGCAUCACACUAUUGAAGGUGCAAUUCGAACUACCAGAAAGACCAAGAAACUCUUACAUGUUUCAAUUGAAAAGUGACGCAAAGAUAAAUAAUACUUACGCUCAAUUGAAAAGGCUUGUUGAAGAUUGUAAAAAUGGAGGACGAAGUUAAACAUUGCAAAUCUACCCAUUAACGGUUGAAAAAAAAUAUAUAAUCGUACAUUUUACUGAUAUAGCUGAUCACUAGGGCUGAGACUUCAAUGCAGUUUGCGUUGACAUUUUAUUGUACAUCUUUUGAUUUUUAAGUAGUUUUCUUCAUUUUUAGAGCAUUUUAAAGUAUUAGAUUUAAAAUUUAAGAUUUUUACACGCUAGCACGAAUUUUAUAAUAAAACAAACUAUUAAGUAGGUAAGCAUAUUAUAAAUUAUUGGGGCGAUGGUAAUGUUAAAAUUCAAUGGCUCAUAGUUUCGUUAGAAAUUCGUUGUGUAUGGUCGCGCGUAGGAAAUUUAUCAAGGGGGGUGGGGCAAAAUAAAAUUAAACACCAAAAGGUAUAUUAAAAUAGAUUUAUUCUUUGCUAUCUAUAACAUAACUCCAAAAGUGGGUACAUUAAAAAAAAAUUGUAUUCGUUAUUAAACAAAAACUGAAGUCUUCACGAUUGUUUUAUUGCAAAGUUUGUUAUUAACCUUUCAAUGAAUUAAUCUUUUCCACAAUUAACCCUUUUUACGACGAACGGUUAACAUAAUUUAUACAUAGACCAUUUAAUCGAACUUCACUUGUCGUAGACCGAAGCCAAGUUUCAACUCUUUGUAAAGUACCUUUCUGUCACGCUAAUAUUUGUAGCUGAGAAAAUAUGGAAUCAAAUUAUUGUUAGUUCACGGAUUUCCAUAUUGAUUUGUAUAUUUUUAGACCCUUGUAUGGUUGUAAAUCUAAUCAUUGUGAAGGACUGCAUUAUACGAAUGUAUUGAUUUUUUUUUCUUCGUAAAUUUGAAAUGUAUAAAUCAAUACUAUAGUCGAAAUAUCAAUGAAAUGUUUACAAUAAUAAAAGUUAUAAUUUUCAAAAUUAUAUCCGAAGUCUAGAGGGGGUAGGGCAAAUUCCUCGUCUUGCCCCUCUCCGGGUGCCUAUCAUGUAUUUUUAACGUUUUAUUUUGAUUUUUAUGAUACACAAUCAUUUUUUUUUUUUUUUUAUGUCAUUUUUAGGAUUUUAUGGGAUCUACCGAGGAUUGAAUGUAACCCUCGGUAUAUCCGAUAUUACAUUGUAUAACACAACUUUUGGGCGGUUUACGAUUUUUCAAAAACACCCGUCUAACAUAAUAUGAUAAUAUACGCUCGCGUGUUCGUUUCUAAAAAACAAUCUAAUCUCAUUUGAUACGAACGACCCAAUUCCCUGGGUACAACAUGAUCCACGAACACGCCGUCGUCAUAGUUCAUAGUUUCACAAUUUAUUCUGUAGAAAUCGGUAUCUUCUUGUCGGCCAGUGACAUUUUUAAUUUGUUUCUUUUUAUUCAUACUCGAAACUAUAAUAUUAUAUAUUUGUAUUAAUUGGUCGCAGUGUGGCGGUGGGGAUACGUCGACUCGCCGGAGCACGACACCGGUGACUACCUAUUACUUUAACUUUUAUGUGUUUUAGAUCGAAUCAAUUACACUAGUGACGACAUCAGUAUUGGUCGUAGUGGGCUACUGCAGUUCGUGCGAGGGUAGUUUACGCGUAGGACUUUUCAAACGUAACCUUCCUAUUUUUUUUUUUUCCACAUCGUCAAUCGUUUCGUCGUCGACAGUUGUUAGUUUCUAGUGUUUAUGUAUCUUGGUACCUAUAUGGUCAUAUAAGAACAAAUUCCGGUUAAUCAAUUUAUUUUAUUCUUAUUGUGCAAUUUUCAUAACUAUACUUAACUAUAAUAUAAAAUAUUCUGGAAUAUAUUUUUUCAUAUAAUCGAUCGGCAAAAAUAUUUUUAUUUUUUUUUUAUAUUUCAAUCCGUCUAUCUAUCGCACUGUGUUUCUCAUUUUUAGACGACUGCAAGAACAUAAUAUUUUAAUAUUUCAAGUACAUGGAAAUUUGUUUAUUAUUAUUAUUAUAGUAAUUAAUUUUAAUUUAGUAUCUUAGUAUAAUACAAUAUUAUUAUAGUAAAUUUAGAAACUCUAACUUUUGGAUUUAUAAAAUAAUAGGUGUAUAACCUACCUAUAAAUAUUUAAUUCAAAAACAUUGAUUUUAAUUUUAAUAAAUCGAGAAUAUCAGUUUCACAUUUUGAAUUUGCCGAAAUCUAAAAAAUUGAAAGGAUAUAUUUUUCACCAAUAGAUAGUUUAGAUAACUACAAAAAUUGUCUGAUAAUUUAUAAAUAUUGUAUAUUUAUUUACUCGGACAUUUAAUAUAUUUUUUAAACAAUUAUUUAUAUUAUAUAGAUUCUGAUUUCUGAACGAAGAGUGGAAUGUAUUACUAUAAAAAAUUUUUUGUGUCAGUAAACAAUUUUUCUACCAGAAAUCUUGUUCUAAUUCAAAAUUGUAUAAGAACUUUUUUAUCAAUUUCUGGGUUACCUUGGCAAUAAGUAAAAGAUACAACUAAUAAUACUCUGCUUAGAAUUGUUUUUCGUUAGCAAUGGUUUAUUGUUGCAUACAGAUAUAAAUUUAUUUAUUUCCUUCCAAAGUUCCAAUUUCUCUUCUACAACAGUUUCACAUCCAUCUUUUUUUUAACAUACCUAUUUUAACUGUAGACUUAAUAAAAAAAAAACAUGGAUUUAUUAAUUCCAGUGUUAUAUUUUAUCAUGGAUUUUGUAUAUGUUUAGAACCUACACACUUUGAUAAUUCUAUAGAUACAUUAUAAAUUGUUGCCUGUUUAGUGGAAACUAAACUAUUUUACCAAUAAAAUUACAAUAGCUACACAAGAAAUAGUAAAAUACUAAACUACAUUUUAUUAACUGCAACUGUUAAGUAUUAUUUAAUUUUUUUCUUGCGUGUGAAUUCCUAGUUUUAGUGUGUUAUACUCAUAUGUAGGUACAUAAAGGAUUAUCCGACAAUGUUUUCCCUUAGUUACAUUUACACAACAAAUAAUAUUUAUAUAGGAGCUUAAAUAAAUUAUUAUUAGGUAUUAAUAAUAUAACAUUAACAUAUUAAUAUUAUUUAAUUUUACCUAAUUUGCCUAAACAAUUUUUAAAAUUAAUGAAUAAAUUAAAACUACCUAUUUAACUCUAAACUAUUAUUAUAAUUUAUUGAUUAAUUAUUUGUAAUACUUCAUUUGUUUUUGUUAUUUAACUGAAAAUUAUGUAUUCCAAAUAAAAUCGAUCAAUCUUUCAUAAAAUUAUUGAACGUUUUAUAGUAAUACAUUCAAAUUAAUAUAUAAUUGUUGUAUGCUAUCUGCAAAUACUAUUUAUCUAUAACAGAGGGGUUUUCAUCUAAAUAUAAUUUGAGGAGUUAUCUAAUCUAUAUGACUAUUAAAUUCUUUCACACAUUUUAGUAAUUUAACAAUUAGUUUUAUUUGUAAACCAUUCUUGUGUGUGUAAUUUGUAAAUAAUCAUUGCUGUAUACAUAAGACCUGUAAAUCAUAAAUUAACUUUUAUUAAUAAUAUCUUAAAUAAAAUUAUUGAGAAUAAGAUCAUAUUUUUUUAUACAUAUAACUUUAUCAUAUUGUAUUAGUUUUAGUGUUUAUAAAUUAAAAUUCAUAACUGUUUUAUUAAUGAAUCAAAUAUGAUGUAAAUAUUCUAUGAAAAAUGGUUUAGUAUAUAAACAAUUUUUUUGUAAUAAAAAAAAAAAAAAAAUAUUUUUUAUAAUUUUAGCAAUUCACUAAGCACCUAACUGAUUUAUGGUAUUGAUUAUGCUUGAUAUUUUUUUAGGGUUGAUGAAAAUACUUAUUUAAAACAUAAACGAAUGAAAGUAUACAGCUUAGAAACAAACUCUAUAGUUGAACGAAAAUGGUAAGUUUUUUAUUAUAAAUAUGCUUUAAAUUUAUUUUAUUAAUAACUAAAAUUAGAAAUUGCAAUUUUGUUUAUUUUUCUUUACAUUAAAACAAUGAGUGCAAUUAUAAAUUAAGUAUGUAUUAUUCAGUUUACAUAAUUUGAAAACAACAAUAAUAUUUUGUUGUAAUUGAAUUAAAAUUUAUAUCAACACAUAUUUCUUCCAACAGGUUUUUGGAUCUAUUGACGUGCAUGUUUGGAGUAGGAUCUUGGAUACUGGUCAAUAGUUUGUAUACACAAUUGCCUUUGCUUGUUCAAAGUGCACCAGAAGGAUGGAAUUUACCAUCAUACAUAUCAAUCGCAAUACAAAUCGGUAAUUUGGGUCCAUUACUGUACAGCCUAUGGCGCAAGAAAUAUGGGAAUCGAUUUGAUAGACCAUUGACCAUAUUCAUACUCAUGCUAGGUAUCAUAUCCGUGUUCUUAAUGGCAAUGUUCUACAAUAUUUCUGGUGAAAUUUUUGGUCAACCACACAGUAUAGUUUUAUGUAUAUUAACAUUCACUAUGGCGUUAGUUGGAUGUACUAGUUCUGUAUUAUUUAUACCGUCAUUAAGCAACUAUUCAGACAUAUAUUUAGUUACAUACAUGGUCGGAGAGGGUAUCAGCGGUUUUGUGCCGAGCCUCAUAGCUAUUGUCCAAGGAAUAGGUACAACUACAUGCAAUACAGUCAUACGAAACGGACAAACCAUAAUUGACAAAUCAAUAACAAAUGCUUAUUUUUCAAGUGGAUUAUUUUUUACUAUAAUAGGAAUGAUAAUGUGUGGUAGCACAGUAUCUUAUUUAUGUCUUGAAUAUUCACCAACUUGUAAAAAGGAAAAAAUUCAAACAAAAUCAGAAAGUGUUGAAGUUCAUAAUAGUAAUAUAACCAAAGUUAAUAAUCAUUUAAACAAAUUGUUAUUAGCAAUACUAGGUGUAAUUGUAUUUUUUGCAAAUGGAUUAUUGCCAAGCAUUCAAUCAUACUCUUGUUUACCGUAUGGAUAUAUGGCAUAUCACUUGGCAACCAAUUUAUCUAAUAUUGCAAAUCCUAUAGCGUGUUUUAUUGCGUAUUAUACAAAUCGAACAUCUAAACAUGUGAUAUUCAUAUUAUGCAGUGUUUGUUUAAUAUCAAUAAUAUACAUGUUGAUGACUGCCUUUACAAGUCCAACAUCGCCUCUCUACAACACAAAUACAGGAGCGAUUUUAAUUGUAAGUUAAAAACAAUAUAUUUCUGAAAGCUUUAUAUUAUUUAUUUUUCUAUAGGAGUGAAUACACACACACUUAAUAUGUAAAUAUAUAAAUUAAUAAUUUAAUUAUAUCAUGAACAACAAAUAUUAAUAUUAUAUAAAAUUCACAUUAUAAUGCAAGUAUCAUAUAAAUUACAAUACUUUAUAGCUAAACUAAACAUACUAAAUUAUCAGUAAAAAACUACAAAAUAUGUAUACCAUUUUUUAAAAGUAUUUAAAACAUAAACUAGGUUAAGACACUAUUCAUGUUUUUAACCUAAACAUCACAAUUUUACUGUUGCCUAUUGGUUGAACUAAAAUAGGUAUAACACAGGUAUAGUGUCUUAAUAUUAUACAAAACAAUGGCCAAUAUAGUUAUACAGUAGGACCUUGAUUAACUGCUACUACUCAUGAGAGAAUAGAAGAGAUAUGACAGCCAAAAAGUACUACACAGUAUAGUUUUGUGUAUAUUAAUAUUCACUAUGGCGUUAGUUGGAUGUACUAGUUCUGUAUUAUUUAUACCAUCUUAGGGCAAUUAUUAAGACAUAUAUUUAGUUAUGUACAUAGUCGGAGAGGGUAUCAGCGGUUUUGUGCCGAGCCUCAUAGCUAUUGUCCAAAGAAUAGAUACAACUACAUGCAAUAGUCAUACGAAACAGACAAACCAUCAUUGACAAAUCAAUAACAAAUGAUUAUUUUUCAAGUAGAUUAUUUUUAACUAUAAUAACAAUGAUAAUGUGUAGUUCUCUACUCAUGAAAGAAUAGAAGAGAUAUGAUAGCCAAAAAGUACGUGGUAUGAUCAAAAAAAAAAUAAACAGACUUUUCGAAAAACAAUAAUUGUUAACUAUAUGUAUGCAUGAGUAGUAAAUUUAAAAAGUUAAUUUCUUGGUUUAAUCAAAUUUUCGAUUAUUAACUUCAUGAGUCAAUGAGAAUGACAAUUAAUCGAGGUUUUACUGUUUUUUUUUUUUGUAUAAUAGUUUGUAAAAAAUUAAAAAUGAUUAGCAUCACUAAUAUAAACCAAAUUUACAGUACUUUACUUAAUACUAACUAAUGAUAUUUGAAUACCUUAUAAAAUAUAUAAUGGAAUCUAAUAUUUUAUUUAUAUAAUUAAUUGUUUUAAACUACAAUUUUACCUAAGAAAUGAUUAAAAUAAUUUUGUAUUAGUUGGGAGUAUUAAUAUAUGGUAUAGUAAAAUAAUUAAAAGUGUAGCGAACACCAAUAACAAAAGGUAAAAGUUAUGCUAAUUUAAGAUUAAUUACAAGGAAACUAGUUUUCUUUCCAAUUUCUAUCAUACAUUUUAAUAACUAUUUAAAAAUGUAUAAUCUUAUUUUAUAAUAUUUUAGGUGUUUAUGUGGGUUUUAUUCUUUGGAUGUGCUUCUUAUGUGAAACUAUCAAUUGCAGCCAUACUGCGUAAUGAAGGUAACAGAAGACUUUUCCACUACGGUUGCAUCACACAAAUUGGGUCAGCAUUGGGAGCAUUAAUUGGAUUUUACUUAAUUAAUGUAGCACAAUUAUUAAAAUCAUAUGAACCUUGUAAAAAUGUUUAAAUUUGUAUAAUAUAAUAAAUGUUCCUUUUUUUAAAAUUUGUAGUUAACUCAUUAAAAUAAUAUAUAUACAUACAUACAUACAUACAUACAUACAUACAUACAUACAUAGAAUAGACUAUUAUUUAGGGAGAAGGUGGAUGUGUAUCUUCAAAUAAUUCAUGCGAUAUUCUCGACAUUGACAUCAAUAUUUGAGGUACAUUCAGUUCAAAAUGUCGGAAAUCCUGGAUGGGAUUGAUUUCAAAAUGAAUUUCUCUAAUGGAUCUUGGUAUAAUUGGUGGGUUUAUAUCUUGAAGUUGAUUUGUUUCAUUUGAUGAAUCAUCUGUAAUAUCUGGUUCAGUAUUACGAACACUGUUAUUAUCAUCAUCAUCUUCAUCAUCAUCUUCAUCAUCAUCAUCAUCAUCAUCAUCAUCAUUAUUUAUAACCUCCUGA